AUAUCUCUAUUAGGUUGGCUCACCACUUCCCUAUCUCACUUCUCCCCACCAAAAGAGACUUAUUAUAUAAUCCCAACUUAUGUCCUCACAAGGGCCGGCUCUUUUGUCCCUUCGACCCCCCGUACAAAUUAAAUAAACACACACACACAUAGCCAUAUUAUUCUAUUCGUUUGUUUGCUAUUCUCUUGUCCCCCAUACUCCUACUUCCACACUACUUCUACUAUUAGAACAACAGUUAGCUGCAACUGGUGAGAGUUCAUUCAUUUCAUACGAGGGAGGGGAAGGGGGGGGAUUGCGAAUAUUGAGUGUUCAAUCAUGGGGAGGUCUCCAUGUUGUGAGAAAGCUCACACCAACAAAGGGGCAUGGACCAAGGAGGAGGAUGACAAGCUCAUUGCCUACAUCCGUACCCACGGCGAGGGCUGCUGGCGUUCCCUCCCCAAGGCCGCGGGACUGCUCCGCUGCGGGAAGAGCUGCCGGCUCCGCUGGAUUAAUUACCUCCGGCCCGACCUCAAACGCGGGAACUUCACCGAAGAGGAGGACGAGCUCAUCAUCAAGCUCCACAGCCUUCUUGGUAACAAGUGGUCUCUGAUUGCGAGCAGAUUGCCGGGAAGGACGGACAAUGAGAUAAAGAACUACUGGAAUACGCACAUCAGGAGGAAGCUCUUGAACCGGGGGAUCGACCCCGUGACCCACCGGCCACUCAAUGAGCCGGCAGCUUCUCUUCUGAGCGACGUCCCGAAUGCUACCACCAUAUCUUUUGGAACCUCCAAGGAACAAGAGGAAGAGAACAACGAUAAAAACAACAACAGCUCUAGUGGAUUUUUGUGCCAAGAAAGGAGUCCAGACUUGAGCCUUGAGCUGAGAAUAAGCCCUCCUGCCAGCUCUCAGUACCAAAGUGAUGAUCAGCCACUGAAAAUUGUUGGGGAAAAGAAGUUUUGUUUUGAUUGCAGUUUGGGGCUUAGGAACAGCAGCAGAGAGUGCGGCUGUGGGGUUGGGAGCAGUACUGCCAGUGGCAACAUUAUUGGGUAUGACUUCUUGGGCUUGAAGACAGGGGUGUUGGAUUACAGAAGCUAAUUAGGGAGGGAUAAUACUAAUGGAUUGUAAAAAGAAAAGGGGAAAAAAAAUCAGUGACCAAGUAAGAAAAAGGAGAAAUUUUUAAAAAGGGAUUUUAUAUGAAUUCAAGAAUCUCUUUUAUGA